CCCCUUUCGAAACUUUCUGAACGUGCCACUGCAAGUACUGUCCCGUGUGGUGCGUGUGUGUGGCUCUGUGUGAGACAGACGUCAAAAAUACCGCCGAAGAAGCUCUGAUCAGCAGCUUUUCCACGCAGCUGUCCAACGCUCAGAUGCGCACAGAUCCCAGAGACAGACCGAGGUGACAAUGGGUGGAGAGUUCCUCAUCUCCUGAUUGUUAGAAAGAAGCGCAUCGUUUUCAACGCGGACUGACUCGACUUUACGUCAUAAUUUGAAGCUUUUAGACAACCAGUGAAUGAAAAGAUGUGGAUAACUCGUAGUGCCGAAUAUUUAAGCGGUGUUUUCUCUGUUUGGAAUCAGUGGGGUUCGCAUUACGUAGCGCUGCUGUGUUUAUUGUCUUCGCCAGUCAGGACAGAUGACGCCUGCCCGUCUUCUUGCAGCUGUGCCAGGGACUCGGGGACUGUGACCUGCUUACCUGAUGGGGGCCAAACUGAUCUACCUUCGGACAUACCAACAUGGACGUCCACUUUGAUACUUAGAGGUAGAAACAUUUCAACUUUACCUCAAGGCGCGUUCACUGUCAAUGGCACCGAGUUGGAAAUGGUGACACUCUCGCUUUCCUACAACGGGAUACAGACUAUUGAGCCGUACGCUUUCCUGGGACUCACCCGCUUACAUUUGUUAGACCUGAGCCAUAAUCAGCUGGAAACUAUCUCAUCCAGGGCUUUCCAUGGACUGACGGAGUUGCGCUCUCUUUUUCUCAAUUACUCUGUUUCGCCCGAUGCCACAGCGCAGCUUUCAUGCGCGCUCAGCGCGCAAAGUUUGCGGAACCUCCACAGACUGGAGCUUGCGGGAAAUAGACUAAAGUCUAUACCCAUGGAAAGGUUAGAUAUGUAUAACUUGCACUUUCUAGUCCUCAUAAAUAACUCAAUUGAGAACAUUGGGAGAGAAAACAUUUCUAGUUUGUACCAGCAGAGACGAAUACGCGUCUACUUGGCCUUAAAUCCGUUUCAAUGCAACUGUGAACUGGAAGUGUUUUACUACUGGCUAAAAAACUCAUCGCAGUGUCAGGAUGCUGAGCGGGUGUUUUGCAGUGAGCCGGAAGCGCGGAGGGGGGUCCCCGUGGAGAAGCUGCGGGGAGAGGACGUGGAUUGUAUGAACGAGAACCUGGAGGCAGUCUCAUACGUGUUCCUCGGCAUAGUGAUGGCUCUGAUCGGAGUAGUGUUCCUCAUGGUUCUGUAUCUGAACCGGGGAGGCAUCAAACGGUGGCUCAAUAACAUCAGAGAGGCGUGCAGAGACCAGAUGGAGGUUUACCACUACCGCUAUGAGCAGGACUCAGACCCCAGGUUGGCCAACGUGGCUGUUUAGCUCAAUGCUGGUGAGAAAGAACAGAAAAGACAAGAGGGUGCUUAAAAUGAGCACCUUUUUAAGAUGCUCAUUAAAAAGGGGAGAAAACUGAUCUAUAACUUGAAAGUCUUGGUGAAAGCAAGAGACAAGUACAUCUCAGUAAAAUAGAACGUCCUUGACAGUUAAUUUCAAUAAUAAUUUUAUGGUUAGAGUUUUUGGGUAAUGAAAAUCUGAAUUUCAGUUUCUCAGAAAACUAAUACAGUCAGGAGGAAAACUUUAAAGUUAUCCGGUCACUGAUACAAGCCACAAAAGUUCAGUGCUAAAUAAGCUGGUUGUUAGGAGAAUCCAUUUUUCAACCAUAGUAUUGAAAAGUUAAGUGGAAGGAUAAAGUGCAAUAGAAAAGGUACACAAGCAGCAACAAGGGAACCACACACAGAUGUAUCCUGGACAUUGUCUACAAAAGUGACCUCCUCCUUUGUAUUGUGCUGAAAACAAGCAGGGGAUUCCCUCUGGACACACAUGUCUGAGCAAGAACUUGGAGAUGGUUUUAUGCCUGUUGCUCAGCAUAAUGCUAAUCCAGAUAAGAGUGAUAUUUUGAUGAUGCUGUAUCUCACCUGGGAAGAACCAGAAGAACCUAGAACACAAUUGCAAUGAGCGGGACUCAAAUCCCAGGCCGGCCAAUGAGGUUGUUUAACCGGGGCCAGUCUGAGUAUAAGAGGAGCCAGAACUGAAUUUAAUUUAAUGGGCCUACUUACAAAUAAGACUAUUGUUCACCACAGCAUUACCGUGUUCAUUUGUAUGAACAUUUUGCAUGUAUGACAACAUGUUUCAGGUUCAGUGAGCCAAAUAUGACUCCCCUAAAGAGACUGAGUCAGUUUGCAUUGUUUAUGUAAGAAAUUGCAUUUGAUGUGAAGUCUCUCUGGACUUGACCAUUGUAUAUAUCCUGUAGAAAUUGGGUUAUUUUUCUGAUUUACUCAUUUGCUCUUGCAGUCAUGUUUUGUGUACAGUCACCAGUGUAAAGCACUAGUUUCAUUCUGCUGUGCUUACAAGACAAUA